AUGGCGGCUCUUGUGGCCCUCAUCCCCACCCCGUGACAGGGAGAGGGAAUGGGAAUGUUGGCCAGCAGAGGCCGAGCUGGCUGGGCUGGCCCAUGUCCUCAGUUCUCACCGGCUGCGUGUGUGCUUGGAUGGGUGGGUGGGACUGAUGUGGCGCCGCUGAGGCACGCUUGGCCCCGAGCCCAGAGCACUCUCUUGUAAUCACAACAUGAUCUCGUGUGCGAAGCAGCAGAGCCGGCUGGGAGAGGCCGGCAGAGGCCCCAGGUCCAGUCCUCUCUUGGUUCUGGCUUCCCCAGGGAGCUGCUCUGAAAUCCUCUCCUCUGUGCUCUGUGCUGCUGCUGCUGCUGCUGCUGUUGCUGCUAUGUACCCGGCUGGGACUGGGGUGGCUGACUCUCUGCUUCGAAAGAAAGAGCAGAAAGAUGAAGAACUGGACAGGAGAAUUGUGGCACUGAGAAGGAAGAACCAAGCAUUACUGCGCAGGUACCAGGAGAUUGAAGAAGACCGGAGGCAAGCAGAGCAGGGUGGCAUGGCUGUGACGGCUCCUCGGCCACAUCGAACAGAUGGACUUACCAUUACCAUUACCAAGGCUCAUAGCGAGAAGCGGGUGGUUUGUGAUAGGAGAGCAAGCAGUCAUCCCAAUAGCCCAGGAGCAAAGAAUGAGGAGGAACUUGGGGAACUCGAGGAAGAAGAGGAUGAGGAAGAUCACACCUUUACCUUCCGACUGGGGAAGCGGGUCCAGCUGGCAGUGACCAUGGAGAAUAAAGCCAAGGGCAAACGGAUUGUGUCAACGAAGGUUAUGGACCAAGACGAGGAAGGCCCUUCAAGAGGGGGCUCCAAUCUAGGAAGUCCCAUGCAAAUAGCAAUCACUAUGGAUCCUGGACAAAAGGCUAUGGGACUAGGAUCCCACGAGUUGGGGAGGGAUUAUGCUCGAUGGAAACAAGAGAGGGAGCAGAUUGACCUUGCACGUCUGGCACGGCACCGAGAUGCACAGGGGGAGUGGCGUCGCCCUUGGGACCUAGACAAGUCUAUACAUACGUUUCAGGAUACCAGCAAAGUCGGGAAUCUGAGCUUUCCAAUGGGGAGCAGAAAAAAGGGACCCAAGAACUACCGGAAGUUCCAGCUUCGGCCGUUGCUCCCCGAUGAAAGAGGUGGUGGUGCUUACAGUGGGAACCUAGGUAAACCCAAGGUGGUACCAGCCAUGAGCAGUAAAGCCCGUGGGAAGGACAGGCUAACUGGCCGAGCCCGCAGGUGGGACAUGAAAGAGGCAGAAGAACAAACCUGUCUCAAGUUGGAUUUAGAGAGUCAGGGACCUCACAAGACGAAGAGGACACAGAAUGAGGAGGACGACACACAGAAACUAGGGAGUCUGGAGCACAGUGACUAUUGUAGUGUUCUUGGGCCUAUCCCAGGCCUGGCAAGCCUGGAUGGCCACCAGAGAGAAGAAGACAAGCUCAGCAGUGGCAACCCUGUGUCCACUUUAGAGCCUAGGUCUUCCCGGAAGAUUGCGCCUGUGCUUCCUUUCUUCUCCCCGGAAGAUGCUAACAGCCCUGCGCCCAGGGCAAGUGGGAGCAAUAAGCCCACCACAAGAGCUAGUGUCAAAGAGAUCCACCUGUUCUUUCCUGACACUUCAGAGCAGGCCCAGAAACUUAGCGACGACAUGGCAGAGCUGUGCCUCCAAGAGAUCCCUGAGCUACAGAAGACAAGUUCCCCGGAACCCAGUGAAGAUGGAUCAGAUCAGACUAGCAUUCAGGAGCAGCUUGACACAGUUACACAGUCCAUCCAGAAAAGCCAACCAGAGGAAGAGAGUGAUGAGAGUUGUGAUGAACAGGACCAAGAUUAACCCCUCCCCCCCAGAAGAUGAGUGAAGAGGGAAAAGCAGGGACUCCUUUGGGCAUCACUACCUAUAGUCAACUCCCUUGAGUACCUGGUAUUAUCCUUCCCUCAUGAAUCUCAUUUCCUGGAUUUAUCAUUUAGGCCCUAGAUUUCAUCACAUAUUUCUUUUACCUUCCUGAGCAUUGCCCAUUGCUGUCCAUCUCUGACUUUUCCAUCUUAGCUAUGCUUUUUACCUGCCAGAGGAGGUUUAUCCCUUUGCUAGAAAAAUGAACCUUGGACAAUUCAGAAGAUAUGAGGUCCGACUGGUGCAUGACUGAAAAGGUGGCGUAUGAGGAAGGAAACUCAUGAUCCUGGCUGGUGGCUUGUGUUGCUGGAUAUGUAGGAGAAUGCUGGGGUCCUUGGACCCCUGGGGACCCCUCAUAGGAUUACCACCUCUACUUUCAGAGUGUGGAAAAUCACUCCUGAAAUGAAAUGCUGCCUUUAAAAGAGGUCUAAGUGGGCCUGUGCAUAGAAGGUAGUGAGAAAAGGAUGGAAAAAAAAAAAGAUUUGCGAGAACUCUGAGGUUGGUGUGAGAAUAGAGUAAGAGAAUCAUUUCAAGGCUUGAGGAUAUUUCUGUUCAUGUGGAAGUAGGGUCCCUGAGGGACGUAUUUGGGGACUCUAGGAUAAUAUGGAUAGCCCAGUUCCCAGUCUGGGACACUGGAAGAUCUUUAUUUUCUAGUUGGACACAUAUACUUCCCUUUAGUUGGUAUAAAGCUUUGGAGGCCCUCUCCUCAAAGGAAAAGAUUUAGAGAGGAGCCUGGCCUUGAAUUAGGAUGACCUCUAACUACACCUGCCCUCAAGAAGUGGUCACCUGUCCAGAUGCGGUGCUGCCUUCUUUGAGAAAUGUGUGUGGUUGUGUCUGCAUGUGUGAUAUUAUGGAAUGAUGGAUGUAGAAUAAGGAACUGUGAGCGAUAAUGUAAGUUUCCUAGUAGUUUCCUGAGCUGGAGGAACCCAGGGUGGGAUGGCACUGAAGCAGUGGCGUUUCGCUUGAUGGGAAGCAGCAAUCUCAACUUUGCUGAGUAUUUCUCAAAAAGGUGUCAAGAGAAAUAAUGACACAGAUUCAGGCUUUAACCCACAUCGGAAGCUGAAGAGAAUGGUGACUAGCUAUGGAAGGGUCUCCACUUGAAGGAAAUUGUAAGCUAAGACAAAUAAAAUUAAGCAUUCCUGACCAAA